AUGGAUAUUAUCCUGAAACUGCAAGAGUGGCUAGAAAUCCUGUAUGAGGAGGGCGUGGUGGGAAGAUUGAACAAGCCAAUUUAUGUCGAGGAUAUUCGAAAAGCAAUGGUUAUUUGA